GAAAAAGGAGAAUUGUGAAGUUCGCGAAGCGAUCGCUAAAUUUAUCAUUUAUUGGUGUUACAAAGCUUGUGGGAUCCAUGUGAAAAUUGGAGCUUCUUUGGCUUAGUUUUGCCAUUCGGGUUUCUUUAGCUUGGUUGUAUAUUUUUCCGGCUCUGUUUUCUUUUCGCGUUGGCGGAGCUCUGUGUUUACCUAGCUGUUUCUUUCUGUCUUCGUGUAUUUCUUCGCACGUACCAAUCGUUUAUACCUAGUCGGGUGAUUGGACCCAUGUCCCGUGUAUCGUGAUGGCAGUACGUGACACCCUUGUACAUUUACUAGUGAAGCUCGGUGCCAACGAUACCGUAGUAGAUCCACCAGUCUCAUCAGACGUCGGUAUUGACGCCACUGAUCCUGAUACGACUACAAAUGUGAUAUCUCAAAUCACACCACGUGCAAUUGCCGGCAUCAUCUUGGCCAUAGCACUCAUUGUAAUUGGAUUUGCAGUGUUGGUGAGGGCGCUCUACCAGAAAGUAACUGCUAACAAGUACACAAGGGAAGAUAUCAGAUAUUCUGAGAUACUCAUAACAGAUGAUGCAGAUGAUGAUGACGAGUGACCUUUGACACGUCCCAUGCUCUUCA